CACGGCUCCUCCUCCUCGUCCCCUUCCACAGCCUCUCUGCCGGCCUCGGCGCCUCCUUCUCCAGGCCCUUCCUCCCCAGUGCCUUGAGGAAACCCGGGUGCACACCGACGCGGCCCAGCUCUUCAUUCGGAAAAGACCGGGAAGCGGAGCGGCAGCAAUGAAUGUGGAUCAUGAAGUUAACCUCUUAGUGGAGGAAAUUCAUCGUUUGGGCUCAAAAAAUGCUGAUGGACAGUUAAGUGUGAAAUUCGGAGUCCUCUUCAAUGAUGACAAAUGUGCCAACCUCUUUGAAGCAUUGGUGGGAACUCUCAAAGCUGCAAAACGAAGGAAGAUUGUUACCUACCCAGGAGAGCUCCUUUUGCAAGGUGUUCAUGAUGAUGUCGACAUUAUAUUGCUGCAAGAUUAAGGUGUUUCCAUAGCUUUGUGUAUUGCUGGGUUUCGUUUUCAUUUUUGUUUCUUGUAAACUGGAAUAAGUCAAAGGACCAGCCUGCGGUUACAUAAUGUAUUUUUAUAGAAUUUUGAAAACAAAUGGGAACUCAUAUUUUAGAAGUCUUUUUUUUUUUAACAUCUUGAAAAGGGUGAUGUUUACCUAGUAUAAAAUAAACAAAUCCUGUUAUUUUCCUCAGCAAAAGUUGACUGGAAGAUGUAGUCAAUGAAGCUGUUUUGUUCUUUUUUUUGCUGGUCCCGGAUCUUGAACUCAGGGCCUGGGUGCUGUUCCUGAGCCUCUUUGUGCUCAAGCCUAGUGCUCUACCACUUGGG